AUGACUGACAAAAAACUGCGCAUCGGCUACGUGCCCGAGCACUUUGCUGCACCGCUCCACCACCUCGCCGCCACAUCGUGGGGUCAGAGCAACAUCGAACUCGUCUCGCAGCCCUCGGGAACAGGGCAGAUGCUCACCUCGCUCGAUGCAUCCCAAAUGUCGGGUCAGAAGAUCGACGUGGCCGUAGCGCUCACCGAGGCGCUGAUCACGGGCAUCGCCAAAGGUCGUUCCGACUACAAGCUCGUCGGCUCUUACGUCCGCACCUCUCUCAACUGGGCCGUCAUCACAGGAACCAAACCCUACGCUUCAUCGUACAACUCGAUCGACGACCUGAAAGGUACCAAGAUCGGUAUCUCUCGUAUCGGGUCCGGAAGUCAGAUCAUGGCGAGCGUUAUGGCGUUGCAGCACGGAUGGAACACCACCACAAUUGGGGGAGGAGCAGAUGCGGGUUCGGCAGAGAUCGAGUUCAAGGUCAACGACACCUUCCAGAACCUUCGCGAUGGUGUCAAUGGAAAGGAGGGUGCGGAGACGAGCUGCUUCAUGUGGGAGUGGUACACCACCAAACCGUACGUCGAUUCGGGCGAGGUGAGGUUCAUCGGAAACGUUCCCACCCCUUGGCCCAGUUGGACCAUCGCUGCAUCGUGCAACACCGCUCUCUCCAAUUCCUCCACAAAGUUGGCUGAAUUCCUCGCCAAGCUGCAAGAGAGCAUUCGAGAAUUCGCAAACACGGAAACAAGGCAGAACGGUCAAGCGAAAGAAUGGAUCGUCAACCACCACCAGUACAAGGAAGAGGACGUAGAGAGCUGGUUGAAGACCGUCAGAUGGGUGGGCGAGGAUAUGACGGAUCCGGAGGGUGUCAAAGUGCCUACUACGGGUCAGAAUACGACCACGCAGACUGUGUCGAGUGAAACGAUCAAGGAGACCCUGCAGGUGUUGGAGAAGGCGGGUGUUCUGAACUCUGACAUCGACGUCAAGGUCUUUGUCGACGACGAAAAGCGCCUUGUUGCAUAG